AUGGAGACCAAAGGCUACCACAGUCUCCCCGAAGGUCUAGAUAUGGAAAGACGGUGGGGUCAAGUUUCUCAGGCCGUGGACCGUUCAUCCCUGGGGCCUACGGAGAGGACCGAUGAGAGCAACUACAUGGAGAUUGUCAACGUAAGCUGUGUUUCCGGUGCUAUUCCAAACAACAGUACUCAAGGAGGCAGCCACGAAAAACCCGAACUGCUCCCCUGCCUUCAGCAAGACAGCCAUCGGUCCGGGAUUUUAACAUCUGAAAUUAAAACCGAGCUGGAAUCUAAGGAACUUUCCGUCACUGUAGCCGAGUCCAUGGGCCUCUACAUGGAUUCCGUCAGAGAUGCCGAGUACCCCUAUGACCCGCAGAACCAGCAAGGAAGCGUGAGUCCGGCAAAGAUCUACCAGAACGUAGAACAGCUGGUGAAAUUUUACAAAGAAAACGGCCAUUGUCCUUCCGCCGCCGUGGGGAUGAGCAGGCCCUUGCGGCCGCUCAUGGCUGACUCGGGGAGCUCGGUGAAUGGCGGGGUCAUGCGCACGGUUGUCAAAAGCCCCCUCUUGUGUCAUGAGAAGAGCUCGUCUGUUUGCAGCCCUCUGACCAUGGCAUCCUCAGCGUGCAGCCCCGCUGGCCUCAGCUCCGUGUCCUCCACCUCGGCCAGCUUCGGCAACUUCACAGUGCACAGCCCCAUCACCCAGGGGACCCCUCUGACCUGCUCCCCGAAUAUCGAGACCCGAGGCUCCAGGUCGCACAGCCCGGCGCAUGCCAGCAACGUGGGCUCGCCCCUCUCCAGCCCGUUAAGUAGCAGGAAAUCCCCCGUGUCCAGCCCUCCGAGUCACUGCAGCGUGAAAUCUCCCGUCUCCAGCCCCAACGUCCCUUUGCGAUCUGCAGUGUCCAGCCCGGCCAACGUCCACAACUCCAGGUGCUCCGUGUCCAGCCCUUCCAACACCAAUAACAGAUCCACGCUCUCCAGCCCCACGGCUAGUACCGUGGGCUCCAUCUGCAGCCCCGGGAGCAACGCCUUCAGCUACACGGCGUCGGGCACCCCCCUGGGGCCCGGGGCGGCCCGGGAUGCCGUUUCCAGUCCGGACACCCAAGAGAAAAGUGCUCACGAGGCCUCCUUCCCCAAGACGGAGGAAGUGGAGAACGCCACCUCCAACGGUGUGACCGGCCAGCUGCACAUCGUCCCGUACAUAAAGCCGGAGCCAGAUGGGGUUUUCAGCAGCUCCUGUCUGCGAGGACACAGCAAGACAACGCCCGCCUCCCCGUUCUCAGUACCCAUCAAGCAGGAGUCGGCCAAGCAUUCGUGUUCGGGCACCUCUUUCAAAGGGAAUCCACCCGUGAACCCGUUUCCCUUCAUGGAUAGCUCCUACUUUUCCUUCAUGGAUGAUAAAGACUAUUACUCUCUAUCAGGAAUCUUAGGGCCGCCCGUGCCCGGCUUCGACGGCGGCUGCGAAGGCAGCGGCUUCCCCGUGGGCAUCAAGCAGGAGCCGGACGACGGGAGCUACUACCCCGAGGCCAGCAUCCCGUCCUCUGCCAUCGUCGGUGUGAAUUCGGGUGGACAGUCCUUUCACUACAGGAUUGGUGCUCAAGGUACCAUCUCUCUAUCGCGGGCGGCCAGAGACCAAUCUUUCCAACACCUGAGCUCCUUUCCUCCUGUCAGCACCUUAGUGGAGUCGUGGAAAUCCCACAGUGACCUGGCCUCUCGGAGAAGCGACGGCUACCCGGUCCUAGAGUACAUUCCAGAAAAUGUAUCCAACUCUACUUUACGAAGUGUUUCUACUGGAUCCUCAAGACCUUCCAAGAUAUGUUUGGUGUGUGGGGAUGAGGCCUCAGGCUGCCACUAUGGGGUGGUAACCUGUGGCAGCUGCAAAGUGUUCUUCAAAAGAGCAGUGGAAGGGCAACAUAACUAUUUAUGUGCCGGAAGAAAUGAUUGCAUCAUUGAUAAGAUUCGACGGAAGAAUUGUCCUGCCUGCAGACUUCAGAAAUGUCUUCAAGCCGGAAUGAAUUUGGGAGCCCGCAAGUCAAAGAAGCUGGGGAAGUUAAAAGGGAUUCACGAGGAGCAGUCACAGCAGCAGCCGCCCCCGCCACCACCCCCGCCGCCCCAGAGCCCCGAGGAAGGGACGACCUACAUCGCCCCUGCCAAAGAGCCCUCCGUCAACACCGCGCUGGUCCCUCAGCUCUCCACCAUCUCCCGCGCGCUCACCCCCUCUCCCGGGAUGGUCCUAGAGAACAUCGAGCCCGAAAUUGUGUACGCAGGCUAUGACGGCUCCAAGCCGGACACCGCCGAGAGCCUGCUCUCCACGCUGAACCGCCUGGCGGGCAAGCAGAUGAUCCAAGUCGUGAAGUGGGCAAAGGUAAUUCCAGGAUUUAAAAACCUGCCUCUCGAGGACCAAAUCACCCUCAUCCAGUAUUCCUGGAUGUGUCUGUCGUCGUUCGCCUUGAGCUGGAGGUCGUACAAACACACAAACAGCCAAUUCCUCUAUUUUGCACCUGACCUGGUCUUUAAUGAAGAGAAGAUGCACCAGUCUGCCAUGUAUGAGCUGUGCCAGGGCAUGCACCAAGUCAGCCUGCAGUUCGUCCGACUGCAGCUCACCUUUGAAGAGUACACCAUCAUGAAAGUGCUGCUCCUGUUAAGCACAGUUCCAAAGGAUGGCCUCAAAAGCCAAGCUGCAUUUGAAGAAAUGAGGACAAAUUACAUCAAAGAGCUGAGGAAGAUGGUAACCAAGUGUCCCAACAAUUCUGGGCAGAGUUGGCAAAGGUUCUAUCAACUGACCAAGCUUCUGGACUCCAUGCAUGAUCUGGUGAGUGACUUGUUGGAAUUCUGCUUCUAUACCUUCCGGGAGUCCCAGGCCCUGAAGGUGGAGUUCCCCGCGAUGCUGGUGGAGAUCAUCAGCGACCAGCUGCCCAAGGUGGAGUCCGGGAACGCCAAGCCGCUCUACUUCCACAGGAAGUGA